AUUCUUACUUAGUUUUUUUCUUGUCGAAAUUGUUCCUUUAUGUUGUCUUGUCUAAAAUGCUAAUAUGAUUUUUGUAAUGUUUGAUGACAUGGCAAAGGCUUCUGCUGGUGUUCUUUAUAGAUAUAGCUUUUCGGAACAUGCUUUACGUGUCACCGAUGUUGUUACGGGACAUGGGUUAUGCAACUCCAUUAUCAUCUCAACCUCAGAGGAUCGAACAUGUAAGAUAUGGAGCCUAUAUGAGGGUUUGUUAUUGAGGAGCAUUACGUUUCCUUCCAUAAUUGAUGCUAUUGUAAUGGAUCUUGGGGAGCAUGUGUUCUAUGCUGGUGGCCGAGAUGGCAAAAUAUAUAUUGCAGCGCUAAAUGCUGAAUGCAACCGCAACAGCAUACACGGGAUGUUCAUCAUUGGUGCCUUGUAUGAUCACAGUAAGGCAAUAACAUGCCUAGCAUUUAGCACGGAUGGAGUUACUCUAGUGUCUGGGACUGAAGAUGGUAUUGUCAGAGUUUGGGAUACGAAAACCAAGCAUGUUACUCGUGUUUUGAAACAUGUGAAAGGUACAUCAGUAACUAGGAUUCUAUUAUAAAAAAUGUUUAAAUUACUUCGGAUGUAUUAGCAAUUGUUGAAAUGGAGAAAUUAUUUUGUAUAUACAAUGAAAUUUGCUUAGAUCUUAUGAGUUGUGUGUAUGUGUGUGUGUUGUGUGUGUUAUGUUUAUGUCGUCUGUUUGUAUAUUACGAGUUGUGUGUAUUUGUGCGUGUUAUAAGUUGUGUGUGUAUGUGUGUUUGUGUUAUGAGUCAUGUGUAUAUGUGUAUGAGUUGUGUAUGUUAAGCGUGUGUGUGUGUUGUUAUGAAUUGUGUGUGUAUUGUGUAUGUUAUAUUUAUAUGUGUGUUGUGUGUGUUGUUAUGAUGCGUAUGUUGUGAUGAGUUGUGUGUAUAUGUGUGUGUUGUGUAUGCUAUGCGUGUGCGUUGUUAUGAGUUGUAUGUGUGUUGUGUGUGUGUGUGUUGUAUAUAGUGUGUUGUUAAGAUAUGUGCGUUGUGUGUAGUGUGUGUUGUUAUGAGUUAUUUGUAUAUGUGUGUAUUGUGUAUAUUAUGUGUGUGUUGUUACAAGUUUUGUGUGUAUGUGUGUGUGUUGUGUAUGUUAUGUGUUUAUGUAGUGUGUGUUAUGAGUUGUGAUAUGAACAAAAAUGGCAGUGUGACACGCCAUCCCCCUGAGCAACACACUGCCCGAGGCUCGCCAUACCCUGC